AUGGCGGUCAGCCAAAGUCUCGUCGGGGGCAGCGCCGCCGAGGGGAGCGAGCUCAUUGCGAAGACUGGGCUCGCUGGACAGCGGGCCAGUGCCGGGCAGGAGCGCAGCUUGGGCAUGAUCCAGGCUGCGGUAGCUGAGCUCGGACGGCCGCCCGCCGACCUGACUCGCCAGGGAGCCCUCGCGGAGCUCCUGGCCAAGCGCAGCUACACCGGCGAGAAGUCGGCCUUGAAGCGUCCGUACUACGAUCCUUCGCUGCAGGGGAGGCCGCGCCGGUAUGCGCGCCUCCUCGCGGCCCUUGACGGCGCAGGCAUGCUCGAGUGGAGGCGGCAUGGAUCGCCCCGAGUAGGCCUGUUUACUGUUUGGAAAAAGAACGGCAAGCAAAGAUUGAUUGUCGACGCUCGGUUGUCUAACUUGUGCUUCGCUUCUCCUGAUUCUGUCGACCUUGCCACAGGCGGAUCGUUCGCGUCCCUCGAGGUUGAUCCUGGGCCCCCAGUGUGCCUUGCUCAGGUCGACAUCCAGGAUGCCUUUUACCACCUCCUCCUCCCUCCUGAGCUCGUCCCUUUUUUCUGUCUCCGCCCUGUCACCGCCGGGCUCGCCGGAGUCGUCGAGCUCGACGGCGCCCCUGUCUCUCCGACCCAGCUCGUGUACCCACACCUGCGUGUUGUGCCGAUGGGGUGGAAUCGUGCCUUGUGGUGGUGCCAGCGAAUUCAUGAAUUUCAUGCCUUUCGGCAGCCCGGCGUGUCCCUCUCAAACAAGUUCGCGGAUGAGAAACCCGGGGUGCGUCUGGGCCGCUCGGGGUUUGCUCGCACUGAAUACGUAGACAACUUCGCGGCCAUCGGGCGCCAGGCCAAAGAGGUCGACGCUGUGGCCGAUUCCGUUUUAGACGCCCUGACCGCCGCUGGGCUCAGCAUGCACCCUCGUGAGAGCUCAGUCGGCGGGUCCGUCUUGGGAUGGGAAUUCAGUGACGAGUGCCCUCAGAUUCGAGUGAGCCCUCGCAGAGCGCGGAGGCUCCGUCUCGGCAUUGAGGGGCUCCUAGAGAAGGGCUUUGCUACAGGCAGGGGCCUCGAGGCCAUCAUAGGACAUUUCACGUUCGCCGCUCGAAUUCGACCGGAGGCCCUGUGCGCGUUCUCUGCUGCGUACGCCUUCAGUCAGCGGGGGGCCGACACUCGCCGUAGGUUGUGGACUGCCUCCAUCGCGGAGGCUGGCCGGUGGUCGGACCGGUGGCGCUUCUCGCGAGGGGCCGAGGAUCGCGCUCGGCCGAGAGACGCCUCGCUCCGGGAGGAGCUGAAUUUAGCCGCGGCGGCCGGUCUGGACGACCUGGAUCGUGUCGGGACGGCUCGGCACCUGGAAGCCCUCGGCGAGGUGGAUCGGAGCGGGGCCGUCCCGGAGAUCGGGCCCGAAAUCCUUCAGGGAUCCUGGGCCACCGUUUCGGCCGGCCGCUGGAAGCGUCGGGAGGCGAUGCCCAUCUUGGAAGGGCGCGCUCUGGUCUGGGGGGUCCGGCCUGUGAGCCGGGGUUUAAGCGAGUUUGGCCAGCGGAUCCUUUUUCUGACCGACGGGUUGUCCGAGGUCCUGGCCCUUGAGAAGGGCCGAUCGUCGAGCGUGGCCCUGAUGAGAGUGUGCAGGCAGUGGGCGGCGACGGUGUUUGCGGCCGAUCUGUAUCCUCGGGUUCGGUGGAUUCGGUCUGAGUUGAACGUCUGUCUGAGCCGGAUCACGACCGGCCUCCCGCGGCCGCUCGCAGGUGCUCCGACCCCGCCGGCCCCGUGGGAUGCGGUUCUGGCGACCGACAGCCUGGCGAGGCCGGGCGGGGCUGCGAAGCGGCGACCCGUCCAGGGCGAGCCGACGACCCUGUCGCGAGCGGCGGCGCUGUCACAGGCUGGUCCGCGACCGCGCCCACCCCAUGGGCGGGCCCGGGCAAAGGCAGCGGCGAGACAAGCCAAGCCUCGGCCCGAGGCGCUGGCCACGAGGGGGGAGCGCGCCGCUGCCCAGCAAGCGAAGUUCCCCGAGGACAAGCGCGUGACAGACAGCGAGGGCCUCUCGCUGCUCGAGAGGGAGAGCGUGGGCGACCACUACCAGCGGGUCUACCAGUCGGCGCUCGUGGAGUUCAGGAUCUUCUCCAAGACCCUGGGCCUGCGCCUCAAGACCGCUCAGGACUACGACGAGGCAGCCGUGGAGUGGGCCCACCACGCGUUUUUCGACGGCGGCGACGCGCAGGAGGGGACAAGGCUCAAGGCGGUGCUGCUGCACUACUACCCGCGGCUCCUGUCCGUGGCUGGGCUGCCCCGGUUCAACCGGGCGCUGAAGGGGUGGAGGCGGCUGGUGCCGCCGCGGGGCCGGCUGCCGCUGCCGUGGGAGGUCGCCUGCGCGGUGGCAAACAAGCUCGCGGCAAACCAGGACCUGCACGCCGCCCGCCUCGUCAUCGUGAUGUUCGUGUUCUACCUGCGGCCCGUGGAGUUGAUGUCGCUGACCAGACGGCAAGUGGCGCCGCCGGUGCGGGCGGCCGGCCACGACGCGUGGUCGCUCGUGCUGUUUCCAAUGGAGGAGGAGACGCCCAGCAAGACCGGCGCCUUCAACGAGAGCGUGCUGGGCGACCUGCCGUUCUACCGCUUCAUCGGGGACGUGUUGAAGCUGCUCAAGGCCGGCGUCAACGACAGGGACCUCGUGGCGCAGGUGCGGCACGUGCAGCUGGCGCAGGCGUUCCGCACGGCGGGCCAGCAGCUCGGCCUCGAGGGCCCGCCGGGCCUGCACCAGCUGCGGCACGGCGGAGCGUCCGCCGACCUGGCCAGCGGCCGCCGCAGCAUCGCGGAGGUGAAGGCUCGCGGCCGCUGGGCAAGCGACAGCUCGGUGACGAGGUACGGCAAGGGGGGCCGCGUCGCCGACCAGCUGGCCAAGUUUCCACAGCCGUUCCUCGACCACGCCAUCGCCUGCGCCAAGAAGAUUGGCGACAUUCCUCUGCGAGCGCUGCCGGCCUUUGCCGCCCGUGCGGGCGGGGCCGUAGCGCUCGAGGUGUUCAGCGGCUCCGGCAACUUCAGCCGGGCCUGGCGACGGCGGCAGCGCGCUCUGGGCUAUGCUAUUUUCGAGUGGGACAUCCGCUGGGGAGAUGAGUAUGACCUCACUCGCCAGCGGGCGCAGCGCCUGGUGCGAGGCUGGGUCAACAACGGGCUGAUUGCUGCCGUCUGGCUGGGCACCCCUUGCCACAGCUGGAGCCGAGCACGGGACAUUCGACCAGGGCCCCCGCCCUUGCGAAGUGACCUGCACGUGAUGGGGUUGCCCGACCUAGCGCCCCGAGACGCUGAGAAAGUUAGGAUCGGCAGCGCCCUCAUGAAGUUUUCAGCCUCGCUAUUUACUUUGUGCCGA